CGAAAUAUCCAAAGAGCUAAAGAGCAAAUUCAUAAUGCUGGACUUGAGACUUCAUACCAAAGAUAUUUGGAUAAACUCGACAGUCGGGUGGCGAUGAUCCAUUAUCUUCUGCUCGAAAGAUACCAACCAUCGUUAGCGCCGAGACAUCUCAAGAAGCAGAUUUUCGGAGAAGGUGAUCGACGAUUCACAAUCGGUAAAAGUUCUGAAGAUGGCCAAGGCAUGAUGAUCGCCAUGAGAGGAUCUCGUGAGCCGGGAGCAGUUCGGGUUGUCCUCGGCAGAGGCUCUGGCUUCCAAACACACGGCCAAAUAGUGUUGUCCAAGCUUUCCAGACUCUUGCGAUCGAAUCCCUCCAACAUCCUUGGGAAAGAGAUAUGGGCAGAUAGAAAAAUACAUCAGUUUCGCAAAUCGGUCUUCUUGGCCAUCCGUUUGAUCAUCAAACACGAUCUCGUCAAAAACCAUAGACUUCAUCCGCUCUUUCAGGAUCAAACCAUCGCUCGGUUGUUGUGGCGUUGUGGACUCAUAGACGACGAAAUCAGACCUCCUCGACGACCUUCAGCUAUUCCUGUUUUGUUUUCUGAUCCGUUCUGGUAUCAAAUCGUCAAAGGUUUCAAAACAAAAACAUUCCAGGAAGCCACAAGACAUGAAUUGCUGAGACUUGACGACAAGAUUCUGUUGGAGCGACCAGGCAAACAAGAAGAACAAAUCCAAACAACUUCCUAUCUCCACGAGGUCCUAGAGAUACAUCACUUCAGGCCCUCAACUUCAAGGAUCCAACUGCACUGCUUUGAUAUCAUGAAAUAA